UACAGUAUGUGGGUAAAGGACGGAGAGCAAGCAAACCUGAGCCAGGAUACAAGUCACUUCAUUACUGACAAGCUGGGGAGUAAUGUCAAAAGAAAAGAGCCAGAUAGGAAGCUCCUGGGAGGACCUGGCUUUCCCCGAGGAGAUUCCAGAACCGUUCACAGAGGGAAGAGCUGAGCAGGAGGAUGAGGAAGAGGAGGACACUGCUGCCAAUGACUCAGAAGAAGAUGUUGAAGAAGGACCAGAAAAAUUCCGCCCAAAACUACUAAGGAUGCUGGAGGCAGCAGAGAGCAGGUGGACACCUCAGACUCGUGACAGACGGAGGGGAGAACCAUCAGAAACAGGACUGAAAGAUUCAGAGGAAGAGGCUGUAAAAACUAACAUGCAAAUUCAGCUGAAUGACCAACAAGAAUUCAACAAGCUUCCCACCAAAGCGGGACCACGGCCUCUGUCUCUCCCCGUCUCCCAGUCAUCUGUAGACAGCUUCAGUUCAGUUGGCAGCGAAAGCUCUGAGGAUGAAUCAGCUCCCCAAGACAAGCCGCAGAAGACGUCCAGCGGCCUCUCUGAUUUCUGCAUCAAAAAUAUCAAACAGGCUGCAUUUGGACGCGAAGAAAUAGACAUCGCUCAGCAAGGAAUGCCUGCUCUGAUGAUCCUGAGGAAAAGAGCGGGUGAGGAGAAACCUCUGGCUGGGGCCAAAGUGGUGGGAUGUACCCACAUCACUGCACAGACAGCGGUUUUAAUUGAGACUCUGGCAGCACUUGGGGCUCAGUGUCGAUGGGCCGCCUGCAACAUCUUCUCCACUCAGAACACGGUGGCUGCUGCUCUGGCUGAAGGAGGAAUCUCUGUGUUUGCCUGGAGAGGAGAAUCAGAGGAAGACUUCUGGUGGUGUAUCGACCGAUGUGUCGCAGCUGACUCAUGGGAGCCAAACUUGAUCCUGGAUGAUGGUGGUGAUUUGACCCACUGGAUCUACAAGAAGUAUCCAGGCCUUUUCAAAAAACUUAAAGGCAUUGUGGAGGAAAGUGUGACAGGCAUCUAUCGGUUGUAUCAACUGUCGAAGGCUGGCAAGCUGUGCGUUCCUGCCAUGAAUGUGAACGACUCUGUGACCAAGCAGAAGUUUGACAACCUUUAUUGUUGCAAGGAGUCCAUACUGGAUGGGUUAAAGCGAGCGACUAACGUCAUGUUUGGAGGAAAGCAGGUGGUGGUGUGUGGCUAUGGCGAGGUUGGCAAAGGCUGCUGUGCUGCUCUGAAAGGGCUGGGCGCCAUCAUUUAUGUGACAGAAGUGGAUCCUAUUUGCGCCAUUCAGGCCUGCAUGGAUGGCCUCAGAGUAACCACACUGAGUGAAAUAAUUAAACACGUACACAUGGUCAUCACCUGCACAGGCAACAAGAACGUGAUAACUCGGGAGCACUUCGACAGAAUGAGAAGCGGCUGCAUCGUCUGCAACAUGGGACACUCUAAUACCGAGAUAGAUUUGGCGAGCCUUCGGACUGCAGAGCUGAAGUGGAGCCGUGUCAGGCCUCACGUGGACCAUAUCAUCUGGCCUGAUGGCAGGCGGAUCAUCCUCCUGGCUGAGGGUCGGCUGCUGAAUCUGAGCUGCUCCACUGUGCCGUCAUUUGUCCUCUCAGUCACAGCAGCAACUCAGGCUUUGGCUUUAAUAGAGCUGUACAACGCUCCAGCAGGACGAUACAAACAGGAUGUUUACCUGCUGCCAAAGAAGAUGGAUGAAUAUGUGGCCAGUCUCCAUCUGCCAAUGUUUGAUGCUCAUUUAACAGAGCUGACAGAUGAGCAGGCCCAGUACCUCGGCAUCAGCAAACACGGACCCUUUAAACUCAAUUAUUACAGGUAA